UCACCGCCGUCCUCAGCGACAACGAACUCUUUCUUGUCAUCGUGCGGUCCCCCGUAAACCACAAUCAAUCGUUGUUCGACAUGGCUAACGUCUCAUCAGGGUCUAAGCGUGCGUGGGAUGGCCCAAACGAUGCUGAAUCGCACAAAAGACCUCGAGAGGAUGGACGCGACCGGCGGGAUGCACCAAUAGGCUCGCCGAGGAGAAAGCCGCCCCCAGGGAGGAGGGACUCAGACGAUAGACGCUCUAGUAGCGACAGGCGAUCCCGCGGAGGCGGAGAGCACAGGCGUCGCAGCAGGGACCGUGAUUAUGGCAGGCGUCGCUCGCCCGACCACAGCCGCGACAGGGUUCGGCGCGACGACAGAGACCGAGAGAGGGACCACGGUCGGGAUAAGAGUCACGCUCCCCGGGAGAGCGGCGCACGGCGCGAUGGCAGCCGCGCGGACGACCGGCGUCGAGAUGAGCGUAGACGUCCUUCGCCACCAAGGGACCGCCGUACGAACGGCGUCUCAGCUCCAUACCCCCCUCCGCCAAAAGUCGAAGAUGAGAAAGAGGAAGGCGAGAUCUCUCCAAGGCCGGUCAGAGCUGCUUCCCCAUCACGGUCCCGUCCCAUUCGUCCGAGAACGCCUCCACCUCAAGCUCAACCGCUCCCGCCGCCCCAACCGGAACCACAGCCUGAGAUGGACCUUGACCUUCCGCCGUCUCCCCCUCCAAUAGAAGACACCCUUGCUGCGCGUCGUGCUAAACGGCAAGCUAUCCUCGCCAAGUAUGCUGGCAUCGCAAGCUCGAAUGUUAGCCAAGGGCCUACACCGAGCCCUGGACCUAGCAGUGCGGUUGAGCCGCCUCCCGCGACGCCUGAUGUAUCUAAUUUCCCAUCUCAGGCUCAGAGCGCCGUAGGCACCCCCGGUCGUGCGGAGUCUGCACGUGCGGACAGCUCCAGACCCGAGGCACGUCAAACAGCAUCGGCGUCGCCAACCCCUGGCACCUUCGAUCUCGCCAAGGGCGACGACGAAGAGCAGGUACAGACCAAGGUGCAGAAUGGGGCAGGUGAGCAGGUGUCUGCAGCCGACUACGACCCUAGCUUGGAUCGGCGCGAGGAUGAGCAUAAACGUGUGUGGGGCACGAAGGACCAACACGCGGACGUAGAGGUGAUCGAGGAGGAAGAAGAGGAAGAGGAAGACGUCGACGACAUGUUCGCGGUCGCCACCUCGGACAAGAAGGUCAAGAAGGUCAAGCGAGUAGCGAAGCCUGCUAUGGCUAUCGUCACUGCGACACUCGAUUCUGCCGCCGACUCCGAAGGCUACUACCAGAUCAUAUUGGGCGAGCAACUCGACAGCGGGCGGUAUCAAGUUUUCUCAUCGCUCGGUAAAGGCAUGUUCGCCAAUGUCGUCAGAGCUCGUGUUCUACAGGGCGAAUCUAGCGAGGUGGGCAAGGAGGUCGCCGUUAAGAUCGUUCGAUGCCAGGAGUCUAUGUACAAGGCUGGGCUCAAGGAAGCGCAGAUUCUGAACAAGAUCAAGCUAGCAGACCCCGAUGACAAGAAGCAUAUCGUUCGGUUAGAACGCACCUUCGAGCAUCGUGGACACCUGUGCCUUGUGUUCGAGAACAUGAGCAUGAACCUUCGCGAAGUUGUAAAACGCUUCGGCAAAGACGUGGGCUUGAAUAUUCGCGCGGUACGCGCGUACGCCCACCAGCUCUUCCUUGCCUUAAGCUUGUUACGCAAAUGCAACAUCAUGCACGCAGAUAUCAAGCCCGAUAACAUCUUGGUGAACGAACAGAAGACUGUGCUCAAGCUCUGCGAUCUGGGCUCCGCCUCAGAUGCGUCCGAGAACGACAUAACGCCCUAUCUGGUGUCCAGAUUCUAUCGUGCACCUGAGAUCAUCAUGGGUCACCCGUACGAUCCUGCAAUCGAUAUCUGGUCCGUUGGCUGCACAUUGUACGAGCUGUACACGGGAAAGAUCCUAUUUCCUGGACGAACGAACAACCACAUGCUUCUGCUCAUGCAGGAGCUGAAGGGCCGCUUCAAUUCCAAGAUGAUCAAACGCGCCAAAUUCGGAGAACAGUACUUUGAUGACCUCGGUGCCUUUCUCAGCGUUGAACAGGACCGUGUUACGGGUUCGGAUGUCGUACGCAAGGUUCAUCUGACGCAGCCGACCAGGGAACUUCGGCAACGCGUGCUCCCCCCUAGCUCCGUGAAGCUCAAGGAUGAGGAGAGCAAGCUACUGCUGGCGUUCGUCGACCUCCUCGACAAGUGCCUCGCCCUGGACCCUUCAAAGCGGAUCACGCCCAAGGAAGCGCUCGUGCACCCCUUCAUUCGUGGAUGAUCGUGCGAUCUAUGCGAAUGCAUCUAGCGGUUUGUUCGCGGAGACGCGGCUGUCGGUGUUCCUUCCAGAAUUUGUACAUUUUAUCUGAUCUCCUUGUGAACGUCGCCCAUCAGGUGCCGUGUUUACGUUCGGGCCCGUCGACAGAACCUCGAGGCUAUAUAGUACGCGGACAUUAGUAGACAUCAAAGGCAGAACAUAAUAUCUGAAUUUCAACGAUGCGCACGAUCC